AUGUUGUUAAGCGAUGAAAUUGCUGAACCGCUUAAAGAAGAUAUCAUUGAAACAUUGAAAAAUGAAGAAAAGCCUGAAGAACAAUCAAUUGAUAAUGAACAAACAAAGCCAAUCGUUGAAGAAAAAAUUGAAAUAACCAAAGAAAAGAAAAAAGUAAUCAAAAAGAUUAAAAAAGAAAAGAAAGAUGAAGAUUCAGUGAUUGAAGAAAUUAAACCAGAAAAACCAAUUGAAAAACCUGAUGAUGAUAUCACCGAAAUAAUUGAACAAUUUAUUGAACAAAUUGAAAUCUAUGAAGUUAUUGAUUCAAUUGCUACAAUUGAGACUAUUGAUGGCAAAAAGAAAAAAGUGCAUAAAAUCAAAAAGGUGAAAAAACAAGAGGAUCAAAAACCCAUUGAAUACAAAGAAGAACCAGAUGAUGAAGUGAUACUUGAUCAUGAUGAUAAACCAGAAAAAGUAAUUCGUAAAGUUAAAAAAGAUAAAAAACCGAAACCAUAUGAAGAAGUGAUGCACGAACAGCCAACUGAAACUACCGAAAUCAUGGAAAUCAUUGAAACAGUCAAAGAGAUUGAAACACCCGAAGGCAAGAAAAAAGUUGUCAAAAAAGUAAAGAAAACAAAGAAAACUGAAGAAACGAUGCCAACAGGUGAUGAAAUAAAGCCUGUUGAAGAAGAAAAACCCGAACAAAUAAUUGAAACAAUCGAGGAAAUUGAAACACCAGAAGGCAAAAAGACUGUGCUCAAAAAGAUCAAAAAAGUCAAGAAACCAAAAGAUGAAAAGCCUGUGGAAGAAGAAACAAAACCACUAAUCGAUUAUAAAAAACCAAUCGAGGAAAAGAAACCAAAACCAGAAGAAAUCGCUGAACAACCAGAAGAAAAAGAGAUGAUCGAAACGACAGAAGUUAUUGAGACGAUUGAGGAAACACCCGAAGGUGACAAAAAGUCGUCAAAAAGAUCAAAAAAGUCAAGAAACCAAAAGUGACAGAAGAAACAAUCAGCUUGAAACCAUCUGAUGAACCAAUCACGGAAGAAGUUUCUGGAGAAGAGAUUCGUCCAGAAGAUGAAUCAAAAAAUCGAUACAGA